AUGGACUUCCUCGCGCUCCCCCGCCGCGACCUGCAGGCGCUGUGCAAGCGAAACGACAUCCGCGCCAACAUGACCAAUGCCGCCAUGGCCGACGCCCUCCGCGCGCUCCCCAAGGUCGAAGGGAUCGAGGAGUACGUCAAGGUUCUGCAGCCGUUCGCCGUGCCGCAAACGGCGGUUAAGUCGGUGAAUGAGGAGCAGAAGCCGAAGAAGCAGGAGAGGCCGCUUCCGCGCGGCCGCCGCACCACGGCCAAGUCAUCGGAGCCAAUUGAGCCAGAGGAAGACAAGGAAAAGUUAGAGGAGGAUGCGAAGCAGCAGUCGAACAAAGAGGAUGCGCAGACACCUGGCGUCAGGCGGCGCGGUGCCAGCCGGCGCGCUAGGCCCGUGCCUACCGUGCCUCUGCCGCCGGGCAAGGCAGUGGCGGAGGAGGACGGCCAAGAGGACAAUCUGAAGCGGGAGGCCAACAGGGAUAAUGCGCCUGCACCCGUCGUGGGCCGGCGUGGUGCCAGCCGGCGCGCUCGACCCUCGCCUGCUGUGGCCGCGCCGGGAGCCGACUCGGAGGUUGCAGGUGCGGAAGAGGAGCAGAUCGAGGAGGUGGUGGUGGAGGACCUCAAGCGGGAGGCGACCAUGGAUGAUGCGCCGGCCCUUGGCGUAGGCCGCCGCGGUGCCAGCCGACGCGCUCGGGCGGCGCCUUCUGUUGCUGCGCUAGCGGGCAAAUUGGUAGCGGAGCAGCAGAGGGCCCCGAUCCCACGCGGCCCUCGUGUCAAGGCCAAGGGCACCUCGACCGAGCCUAUCAGAUUGGACGACAGCGAUGAUGAGCAAAAGGAGGAUGCGAAGCCGGAGGGGGAGGAGGACGCCCAAAUCCUUGGCGUGGGUCGGCGCGGAGGUGCCAGCCGGCGCGCUCGGGCGGCGCCUGCUGUAGCUGCGCCAGAAGCUAACGCAGAGGAGGAGCAGAGGGCCCCUGUCCCACGCGGCCGCCGAAUCAAGGCCAACUCGACCGAGCUUAUCAGGCUGGACGACAGCAAGGAGGAGAAAACGCAGGACACGAAGCCGGAGGAAGAGAAGGGAGAUGCGCCAGCAAUUGCUGUGGGGCGGUGCGGUGCCAGCCGGCGCGCGCCUGCCCAUUCAGAAGCUCCGGAAGCUCCGGCUACGAGGAGAAGCGCUGCUGCAAGUAAAGCUGAGGCAGGGUAUGUGGCCGUGGAGGCGGUACCUAUCCGGGCCACUCGUCAGCGUAAGCCAACGAUGAAAGCAGCAGCAGCUGCAGCGGCAGAGGAGAAGGCGCCACGGAGGGCCACGAGGAGGGGCGCUGUGAUGAGGACCCUUUUGCAGCAGGAGGUACAAGAUGAAGCACAAGACGUCUUCUCUGAUGCAGAGGCUGUGGGUUCACCGGUUGUGUCCGUGGAGGCGGUACGCAUCCGGGAGACUCGCCACCCUAAACCGACAAUGAAAGCAGCAGCAGCUGCUGCUGCAAAGGCAGAGGAGAAGGCACCACCAAGGGCCACGAGGAGGGGCACGGUGACGAGGACCGUUCUGCAGCCGGAGGUACAAGAGAAACCGCAAGGUGUCUUCUCUGAUGCAGAGGAGGUCAAUACUGAAGAUUGUCUUAGCUGUCAAGAGGAGGGUGAUGUGGUUGUUGAUAAGGUGCUGCAUGACUCGGUGGAUGACACCAUUCUUCUUGAUUGUUCAAGUGAUAUCAGCUUGGUUGAAGUGGAGAAGGCAGGAAACAUCACAAGUGAGAUGCCUGAGAACCAAGCGGCAUUGGAUGAGGAUGGUGAUAAACCGAAUGGAGUGGUUAUUGGUGACAGCAUGUCCGAAACCACAGUGACAGAUGAAGUUGUUCAGGAAGAAAAGGGAGUACUGAUCACCAAUGAGAUGCCGCAGGGGACAGCUGGCAUGCAUGACAUGAAGGAUGAUCAGUUUGAAACUGUUUUUGUUCAAGCUGAUCAAGUAGUCACUGCUGACAUGGAGGUCAAUACUGAAGAUGGUCUUAGCUGUCGAGAGGAGGGUGAUGUGGUUGCUGAUAAGGUGCUGCAUGACUCGGUGGAUGACACCAUUCUUCUUGAUUGUUCAAGUGAUAUCAGCUUGGUUGAAGUGGAGAAGGCAGGAAACAUCACAAGUGAGAUGCCUGAGAACCAAGCGGCAUUGGAUGAGGAUGGUGAUAAACCGAAUGGAGUGGUUAUUGGUGACAGCAUGUCCGAAACCACAGUGACAGAUGAAGUUGUUCAGGAAGAAAAGGGAGUACUGAUCACCAAUGAGAUGCCGCAGGGGACAGCUGGCAUGCAUGACAUGGAGGAUGAUCAGUUUGGAACUGUUUUUGUUCAAGCUGAUCAAGUAGUCACUGCUGACAACCUGCCGGAACAAGUGACAGAUUGUGAAUUUACUGUGGAGGUGAACACAUCACUGAUAGUUGAUGAAAGGCAACAGAGCACAGUUACAAUAGAUGAAAAUGUUGUCGAGGAUCGUUCUGAAACUGAUGGUGUUCAUUCCAAUGAACAGAUAGAAGUGGUAACUACUGACAAAGUUCCUGAGCUCAAGCUGAUAGAAGAUGUUUUAGUUCAAGCUGAUCAAGUAGUCACUGAUGACAACCUGCCAGAACAAGUGACUGAUUGUGAAAUUACUGUGGAGGAGAACACAGCAGUGAUAGUUGAUGAGAAGCAACAGAGCACAGUUACAAUGUAUGAAGAUGCCGAUGAACAGAUGGAAGUGGAAGUGCCAGAACUCACAGGGACAAACGUUGAAGUUAUUGAGGAGAAGACACCACCGGGAGUUGAUGAGAAGCAAAAGAGCACAGUUGCAAUGGAUACAGAUGUCGUCAAUGAUCAUUUCAAAACUGAUGUUGUUCAUGCUGAUGAACUGAUGGAAGUGGCAACUACUGACGAAGUGCCAGAACUCUCAGAGAUAGAUGAUGAAGUUGUUCAGGAGGAAAAGGGAGUACUGAUCACCGAUGAGACGCUGCAGGGAACAACUGGAAUGCAUGAUGACAUCGAGAAUGAUCAGUUUGAAACUGUUACAAUGGAUGAAGAUGUUGUCAAUGAUAAUUUUGAAACUGAUAGUGUUCAUGCUGAUGAACAGAUGGAAGUGGUAACUAUUGACAAAGUGCUAGAACUCACAGGGACAAAUGUUGAAGAUGUUGAGGAGAAGACACCACCGGUUGUUGAUGAGAAUCAAAAGAGCACAGUUACAAUGGAUAAAGAUGUCUUCAAUGAUCAUUUCAAAACUGACGUUGUUCAUGCUGAUGAACUGAUGGAAGUGGCAACUACUAACGAAGUGCCAGAACUCUCAGAGAUAGAUGAUGAAGUUGUUGAGGAGAUGAAGACACCACUGAUAGUUGAUGAGAAGCAACUGAGCACAGCUACAAUGAAUGAAGACAUUGUGGAUGAUCAUUUCAAAACCCAUGUUGCUCAUGCUGAUGAACAGAAGGAAGUGGUUGCUACUGAAGUGCCAGAAGUCACUGAGACCGACAGUGAAAUUGAGGAGAAGACACCACUGAUUGUUGAUGAGAAGAAACAGAGCUCAGUUACAAUGGAUGGAGAUGUUGUCUUUGAUCAUUUCAAAACUGAUACUGCUCAUGCAAAUGAACAGAAGGAAGUGAUAGGUAUAGCUACUGAAAUGCCAGAUCAAGUUACAGGGACUGACGUUGAAGUUGUUGAGGAAAAGGCAGUUGUGAUUACUGAGGACAUGCCAAAUCAGGGGACUGUACCAAAUGUCACACAUACAAUGGAUGAAUGUUUAAACGAAAACUGUUUUGGAACCGAUUUUGGUCAUGGCAAUGAGCAGAAGAAAUCAAUCACUGCUGACAUUGAGCCAGAAGUCUCGAGGGCACAAGACGGGAGUGCCCGGAAGGAGAUUGCAUUGCUUGAUGAUGUCACAGAGUCCCUGUCCAAGAGCAUUAUCACCAUGGAGCCAUCAGUGUGCAAGAACAGCAGUGAGAAGAACACUGCUGGACCCAUGACAGUGCUAGAAGAGAAGGGAGUGAAGGUUGCAAGCGAAUCCGAGGAUUUGACUAAGCUUAGCUUAGGGCAGCUCAGAGCCAAGCUCAAGGAGAAACUGAAUGCCAAGAAGAACAAAGAAACAAAGAAGAGGGUGGCGCUUGCCAGGGUGGACGAGAAUGUUUGUCGAUCCCACGCAAAGGGGCAGCAGCAGAACCUGAAUCUGCAACAGCAUUAA